GUUAUUCACUUGGCUUUAUCAAAAAAUUAGAUUAUCACUUUGUCAUCAGCAGGACGCAGCCACCUUGAAACUAGCGAGCUGAUAAUGUCACUCAGUGGGUUUAUCUUUGCUAGUUACAAGUAUUUACAAGAUAUGUACAAGUAGGAGUUACUGAAGUAUAACAUGAUCGUAAUAUUACAUUGAACCUACAUUAGAUAUCGCAUUUAAUGCCUAGUGUUUCAGGUCCACUUUGAAGUUUAAGAAAGUUGGUGUGCAUCCCAUAUUUAAUAUCACUGAGGCAGUGUGUCAGAGAGGAGUAGGUUGCAAAAGAGAUACAUUUUGUGGAGAUGUAUAUCUUGAUGUCAUUGGCACCGCAAUUGGAAAUUGAGUACAUAGUUGUGUAUAAUGUUACCAAGGGGAAGUAAACAAAAAAUGAAUUGGAGGGGACCAAGUACCAAAUCCUGAGAAGCAGCUGUGGAGAGGGGAACAGUGGAGGAGGUGCAGUUAAUGAUAAUACACUUUUGAAGAUUUGUGAGAUAUGACCUGAGACAGGAGAGGGCAGUACUGGUGAUGCUAAGAGAGGAUUCAAUGUAGAACAAAAAAGUAAUGACUGAUGCUAAGAUGCAGCUGUGAGGACCAUGUGACUAAGAAUGAUAAGUGUUUUUCACCCACCACAUUUAUCAAUACCAGAUGAUCUGUAUGCUGUACGGUGAGAUACGACUGUAGCUGAAUCAUAUGUCAAUGAUGUCAUAAGAUGUUUCCUGUACCCAAAUCUGUGUUUGUUUCUACAAUGGACAUUGGCAAGUGAUAACAAUUUUAUUUCACUAUAUUGAAUACAAAUAUUGAUAAGCUGAGCACACAAAAGGAACAGGUGUGGAGGUAUUAGGAUCAGCAUCAGCCCUCUUUUGACCUUCCAGAGGAUUAAGCCUGCAUAAAUUGUUGGACAUUACUUACAGAGCCAGUAGUUAAAAAAUGAUGUGACGCUAUACAUGUCAUCACUGGUCAGAUUCAACUGUCCAAAGGAAAUUAUGAUGUCUGUCAUCAUUUUAGCAUAGUUAGACAAUUGGGUGUCAUUUCUACUGGCACCGGUAAUGAUCAUAUUAUAUUAACACAUAGCCUUCCCCUACAGAAGUGAUUGUUUUUAAAUGGGCUUUGAAACAUAAACAAUUAAACACUAAACUGACAUGGGAUGUUUCCUUCACCUGUCCUCCUCUGUGUCUCACCUGUGCUGGAUGUCCAGUCACUUUAUCAUGUCUGUCAGAAAAAGAACGGUUCGUGAAGCCCGAAACGCCUUUCAGUCUUCCAAAGCAACAAACCCUAAAGUGAUGGUCGACUACUACACCACAUGGGCAGAAAACUAUGAAGAGGAUCACAGACUCAUGAGCUUCCAAUCACCACACCUGGCAGUAGACUUCCUAUCCGAACACUUCAUUGGGAGUCCUGAGGAGACCCGGGUUCUAGAUGUGGCCUGUGGAACUGGAUACAUUGCUAAACUGAUGAAAGGACUGGGGUACAGACAUUUUGUAGGAGUGGACGGCAGCAAAGGGAUGCUGGAGCUUGCCGCUAAAACUGGUCUGUAUCAGGACCUCAAACUGGCCUUACUGGGAACUGAACCAUUGCCUGUAGAGACCAGUGCGUUUGAUGUGGUGAUCAUCACUGGUGCUCUGGAUGCAGGAUUUGUACCAGUCAGUGUUAUCAGGGAGCUGUGCAACGCUGCCAAACCAGGAGGUCUGGUGUGCAUGGCAAGAGGUGACCACACAGGAGCACCAGCAGCUAAAUACAAAGAGGAUCUGCAGAAAGAGCUGCACAUGAUGGAGGAGGAGGGGCUGUGGAGUCUGGUGGGAACCAAACUCACCGACAGAUACAUGGAAGACCCACAUCUGGUGUAUGAUGGAGAUGAGGAGGGUAUUCAGGAGAAACAGUACAUCAGCGGAACUGUUUACCUGUACAGGACAUCUAUCAGUGCAUCCAUGUAGUCUGUGUAGAAAUUAUCUUUGUGGGCCCUCAUGCUCAUGUCAUUAAUAUACUCAGUGCCAAUGAAAAUGCAACACUUGAAGAUUGUUAUAUUUUUUUAAAUCAAUGAGGAUUUUUAUUCCAUAAGCUCUUUGGAAUUAAUCAUAGGCUAUUUCUAUACAGUAAAAAUAA